AUGCUCGGGCCCACCAGCCCUCAAAAUUCUUCCGCCGCUCGGCCGCAUGAACUUUGGCCGACAACGUUUUGUAUCGGGACAGCGCCAAUUGGCCGGUCAUAUAAGUCAAACGCGAUACAGGUUCAACAUGCUCAUCCUCUUCCUCUUAGACUCUCGGAUACAUGCCCGAUGGACGGCAACGCAGACUUUGUCUUCUUUCGCAUCUCGAAAACCAAUGAUGUUGCCUCCUCCGUGUUCAAAUAUCGACAACUUCGACUAGAGGCAUUGAAGGUCUCGCCAGCUUCGUUCGCCUCCACGUAUGAGGCCGAAGCAGCAUUCACUGAUGAAUACUGGGUGAAAUUAUUGACCAGCCCUGGACGAGAAACCUUUAUUUGCGCUGCAAUCCCUCGUCCAGACAAUGUUCACCAGUUCUCGAACGGCACUUCCAAGUGGGUUGGCCAAGUCUCCAUACUCGCGUCCUCUUCCUCAGAUCCUUCCUCAAACAAUAUAGACCCGGGGAACGAUAACGAACGCUGGCAAAUGCUCAGCCUAUUUACCUUCCCGGAAUACCGGGGUAAAGGGCUUGGGAAAAAGCUAUGCCAUGAGGUCCUUGAUUUCAUUCGAGACUUCAAGGACCAACCGAAGGUCGCUGAACUCUCGCUCGUCGUGAAGGCGCAUAAUACAGCCGCUGUCAGGCUUUAUGAGCGACUUGGAUUUGCUAUUGUGAGACGGUGCACUCUCGUUGAGGCGCUCACAGCCAAUGGAGACAGUCAUCUCUUACCGGCCGACCGAAGUGCGUCCAAAUAUACUGAUCUAAGUGGCCUUAUCAUGAAGUCUACUGUCUUGCGGUCAUAA